AUGACCGCGGUCCACUCGAGCUUCAAAGCACUCCUCAUCGGUUUCCAAUGCCGCCAAUCUACCACUCAACCUAAGGUUUGGUUUGACCUUUAUUUCAAGGGGAUGGAUUAUUGGGCAGAUCUCGCCAGAGCAAGAAGAUGUCCUAUCCUUGGUCUUCUCUCGGAAGGCUGUACUGCUACUUCCAAAAUGGCGCCGAUCUCGGGCCGGUCGCCCUCAUUUUCAGCCCAGUCGAAGGAGGCUGUCGCAAGGACAGCGCCAAUUUGCACAUCUCGAUCAGACAAAACGCUAGCGAACCACUGGGUGCCCAUUCACGAUGAAUUCACUCAAGCAAUCGCCAGUUUCGCUUCGUCCCCAUCCGGAGCCCGACUUCUGAAGGGAUCUUCCGCUUCAGACUGGCUUUUGAACUACAGAAAAGGCACUUUCCUACACGAUCCGUCUUCACAACUGCUCACAUCUCCAGAGAAUUCCAUCUUCAACGGACCGACUGCGUGUCGAACUGUCUCAGAAACUGACGGCUUCCUUUCGGAUUUCUCGGGCCUGAGUUGA